CGGGACAACAUGGCGCUGUCCGCUGUGGUCUCAGCCCACGUGGUUCCAGGACUGAAAAUGGCGGCGGUAGGUAGCUCAGGUUCGCUUGAGUCCGCUCCACGGAUCAUGCGGCUUGUCGCUGAGUGCAGUCGCUCCGGAGCUCGGGCGGGUGAACUGCGGCUGCCGCAUGGAACAGUAGCCACCCCUGUGUUCAUGCCUGUGGGUACACAGGCCACCAUGAAGGGUAUCACCGCGGAGCAGCUGGACACCCUGGGCUGCCGCAUCUGCUUGGGCAACACCUACCAUCUGGGGCUGAGGCCGGUGUGUGGAUUCGAUCUGGGGUGGGCGGCAAGGGGGCCGCCUAGCCGGGACAUGCCUCUGGAAAAGUCAGCUGAGCAACGCGCAGUGCUGGGGCUCACCCAGGCCUGGCCGUGGGGCUGCCGCCUAACUUUCUCCCCAUCACAGGGUCCGGAGCUGAUCCAGAAAGCCCAGGGUCUUCACGGCUUCAUGAACUGGCCCCACAAUCUGCUGACGGAUAGCGGCGGCUUCCAGAUGGUGUCCCUCUUCUCCCUGUCCGAGGUGACGGAGGAGGGAGUCCACUUCCGCUCGCCCUACGGUGGAGAAGAGACACUUUUGAGCCCAGAGAGGUCGGUGGAGAUCCAGAAUGCUCUGGGCUCUGACAUCAUCAUGCAGUUGGACCAUGUGGUGAGCAGCACCGUGACAGGCCCUCUAGUGGAGGAGGCCAUGCACAGGUCAGUCCGAUGGCUGGACAGAUGCAUCGCAGCUCAUAAGCAUCAGGACAAGCAGAAUCUCUUUGCCAUCAUCCAGGGUGGACUGAAUGCUGAUCUUCGGACCACUUGCCUGAAAGAGAUGACCAAGAGAAAUGUGCCGGGUUUCGCUAUUGGAGGUCUGAGUGGAGGAGAGAGCAAGGCGCAGUUCUGGAAGAUGGUAGCAUUGAGCACCUCCAUGCUGCCUAAGGACAAGCCUCGAUACCUGAUGGGGGUUGGCUAUGCCACUGACUUGGUGGUUUGUGUGGCUCUUGGAUGUGACAUGUUCGACUGUGUAUACCCCACACGGACAGCGCGCUUUGGGUCUGCCCUUGUGCCCACUGGGAACCUUCAGUUGAAGAAGAAGCAGUAUGCCAAGGAUUUCAGCCCCAUAAACUCUGAGUGUCCCUGUCCCACGUGCCAAACGCACAGCCGAGCCUUCCUGCAUGCCCUGCUGCACAGCGACAACACUACAGCACUACACCAUCUGACUGUGCACAACAUUGCCUAUCAGCUGCAGCUCCUGAGCGCCGUACGCAACAGCAUCUUGGAACAGCGCUUUCCUGACUUCGUACGAAACUUCAUGCGCACCAUGUAUGGUGACCGCAGCCUCUAUCCUGCCUGGGCCACUGAAGCACUGGCCUCUGUGGGAAUCACACUCACAUGACCUAGUUGCCGGGGAAGGACACUGGGGGAUGGGGAAUACUGAAGGAUCCUUUUUUUACGAAAGAUUUUGUUACUACUUUUUGAUUUCAUUUAAGAUCUUGUUUAACUUCU